CAACCAAACCCAUCGAGCAUAAUACUAUCGUGAGAACUCCGGCGAGUUGUAAGCUUACGUGAGCACCGAUCGCAGAUCCGCAGGGGCACACAUGAAGCGCCGUACCCAGGAGGUGCACGUCGCCGGCCGCACCGCGCACGCCACCGUGACCUCGCACCCCGCCGUCGCGCGCCGGUGGGUACACACGACGCGGUGGCGCAACGGCGGCCGUCUCCGCUCCAGCGCCGGGCUCAUCGUCGGCAUGGGCGUCCAGUGGACCCCGCCCUUCCGCCGCCUGCCCGACGGCGCCGAGCCGCGGCCGGCCACGCUGCAGCUCUGCUGCGGGCGCCGGUGCCUCGUGUUCCAGAUCGGGAAGGCCGGCGCCGGCAGCGUCCCUCUGAUCCUCCAGCGUUUCCUGGAGGACGCCCGCGUGGAUUUCUUCGGGUACAACGUCCUGUCCGACUGCCGCAAGCUGAGCGCCCACUACGGCCUGCGGGUGGCGUGCCCGCGAGAGCUGCGCCUGGUGACGGGCAUGGGGAACGCAUCGAUGGAGAGCAUGGCGGAGCAGCUCCUCGGGUGGCGCGGGGUGAAGAAAUCGCAGCGGGUGGGCGUCAGCAACUGGGACGUCAGCACGCUGUCGAAGAGGCAGGUGAGGUACGCGGCCAGCGACGCCUUGGUCUCGUACUGCCUCGGCGCCAAGUGUUUGAAGUAAUCGGAACCUGUAAGCUGGUUCACCUUUGUUAAGAGCAGGACCAGCAGCUUUUGGAUCACUAAUCUACUUUAGAUUACUUGCUUAUUACUCCCUUCCUAAAGAAAUAUAGGAGCGUUUAGAUCACUAAGCUAGUGAUCUAAGUGCUCUUAUAUUUCUUCAACUAAGCGAUCGUGUUGAUCAAUGUUUUAAGCAACUAUGUACUGUACUUCCGUCCGGGUGUACAUACCCCAAGUCUAUUAGUAUCGAUGAAGAUUAUGGAUCAGUUAUCUCUC